AUGGCCAGCACUCCGCCAGCUUCGCCUAUUCACCAGCGACCCUCGUCCGCCAUUUUCAAGCCUUCGAGGAGCAGUAGUAGACUGAGCAUGAGCAGCAAGACGGGACUGGGCAGCCGCGCCUCAGACGAGGACGCGCGCACCGCUGUCCGUGUUGGUAUGUUUUUCUUCCUCUGGUUUUGCUCUUUCCACCCUUGGCGCGCCCAAUGCUCAUCCCGCGCGCGCAUAGCUGUACGCAUUCGACCGCCUCUUGAGCCCUCAGAUCCCGGCUACGACCUGAUACCACAGCGCUUCCAGCGCUCCAUGGUUCAGACCUCAGCAGACACAAGCCUAUCCAUUGAUUCGCCCCAAGGACGCAAGCUCUUCGUUUUUGACCGCGUUUUCGGCCCCGAAGUCGACCAGGAAGGCGUAUGGGACUAUCUCAGCGACUCAGUCAACGCCUUCGCCCAGGGCUACAAUGUCUCGCUCCUCGCCUACGGCCAGUCGGGCGCCGGAAAAUCGUACACAAUGGGCACCUCGGGCCCUCUAGAUCAGCAGGAUGACAACAUGAUGGGUGUCAUUCCCCGCGCCGCAACUGCUCUCUUCGCAAAGCUUGAGUCUCUCUACGGCAAAAAUGACGGCUCAAUUGGCUCACUCGGCUCUCUCAGAAACAGCCAAUUUCUGACGCAACUGAAAAACCCACGUGGUUAUGCCCAGCAAAAUCCUCUGGGUGACCGCAACUGGUCUCUGAGAGCCACCUAUGUGGAAAUCUAUAACGAACAGCUUCGGGAUCUACUAACCCCCGAAACAACCCCUCUCGGCGAACGUUCCAACGUCGCUAUCCGCGAAGACACCAAAGGCAACAUCAUAGUUACCGGCCUUCACCAAGUUCAGAUUGAGUCCGCUGACGAUCUCAUGAAUGCCCUCGCUAUGGGCUCGACCAUUCGCCAAACCGACGCUACCGCAAUCAAUGCCAAGUCUUCUCGCUCCCAUGCCGUCUUCUCGCUAAACCUGGUGCAGAGACGCAGCAAGACCCAGACUAACGCUGCCGACAAGCGAUUUUCCGUGCCCAUCGAGGCCAUGACCGGACAGGAAGUUUCCAUAACCACGGACAGCAAACUGCAUUUCGUCGAUCUUGCCGGCAGUGAAAGACUGAAAAACACUGGUGCGCAAGGCGACAGAGCCAAGGAAGGCAUUUCCAUCAAUGCCGGCUUGGCCUCGCUCGGCAAAGUCAUCAGCCAGCUAUCAUCCCGCCAACACGGCUCGCACGUAUCGUAUCGUGAUUCCAAGCUCACCCGUCUUCUGCAAGAUUCGCUCGGUGGCAACGCCAUCACGUACAUGAUUGCCUGUGUAACCCCGGCCGAAUUUCACCUCAGCGAGACCCUCAACACCGUCCAGUACGCCCAGCGCGCCCGCGCCAUUCAGUCCAAGCCUCGCAUUCAGCAAGUAGAGGAAGGCGACAGGCAAGCCGUCAUCGAUCGCCUCAAGGCUGAAGUCAGUUAUCUUCGCGAACAGAUCCGCAACUCCCAAAAUGGCGACUCAGCCUCCAAGAACUCCAGUGCCGGCAUGACUGACCGCUCCGAACGCGACAAGGAGCGCGAAACUGAGAUGCAGAAUCAGCUUCUCGACAUGCAAGAAAACUACAGCGCACUCGGCCAGCGUCACGCACGUCUCAUCGCCGAAAUGGCCAGAGCGGGUGACAAGGAGUCUGCCGAUAGGGAAGCCUCAGACUCGUCACAAGUUAACAGCGCCACUGACAGACUGAAUCGGUCCAAUUCUUUCGCCCAGGCUGUUGAGCAGGUCGUUCUCGAAUACGAAAAGACGAUUGAGUCGCUUGAACAAUCUCUGUCCAGCACUCGAAGCACCCUCUCCACCACCGAGACCUCACUGCUCGAGAGAGAGACAAAGCUGGCCUAUAUUGAAACCAUUAACACACAGCUUCAGUCUCGAGUACAGAAACUCAUGGAUCGCGAAGCCAAUACUGAGUCCUAUCUUCACGAUCUCGAAUCCAAACUGGACGGCCACAGCAACGGCGACGAAAAGAAUGCUUCCAUUAUUACCGAAUUGCGCAAAGAAAUUGCCCGCGCUCGUGAGAAUGAGGCGUCGUGCGAAGACUACAUUUCCACUCUGGAGGAGCGCCUCGCCGAAGCCGACCAGGACGCCGAGCUGAUGCAGCGCGAAAUCGAUCGCCUCGAACAAAUCAUUGAACGCCAGCGCAGUCUGGGCAAGCUCGAUUCCCUACUCUAUGAACUCGAUCACGUCGACGGGGCGAAGCAGCCCGAAGUGAACGGAACCCACGAAUCUUCUUCACUCCGUGCUUCUGCUGACCACUCCCGCAAGCUAUCUCAUAUUCGCACACAGAGUCAAAUCAACGAAACAAUCCACGAGGAUGAUGAGGAUGCUGACGCAGACGCCGACGAAUCCCGUGCUAGUACCGUUCGAGAGGAGGUCUUCCAGGACUCUGUCGAGCACGUCACUCGUCAAGUCAAGACGCCCGACGGUCUCCAUGUCGACACUCCCGCCCAGGUUGUACAAAGCCCGGACCAGAGCGAGUAUGUCGCAGAUAAACUCGAGAGCGUCACACAGGAGCUGGUAGACCUCCGUGUUGAGCACGAAUCUACCGUCAAUAACUACGACGCGCUUCAAGCCAAGUAUGACGAAGCCAUGCAGAAAAUGGCCGCCCUCCAGGAUACCGUUGAUGAAGCCCGCCACCUCCGCAGCGUACGUGACUCUGUCACCUCGGAAUAUUCGUCCAACCAGCGACCCGAUUCUUUCCGCUCUUCCGUUGUAUCGCAACUUGCCAAGGACGGUCCACGUUCAUCUGCGUCCCGCUCCCUCUCCUCCGAGCUCUCCUCUGCUAUGGAGUCGGCUGACACCGCCGACACCUCGGCCCACGAAGACAUGGCCGAGGACGACGAUACGGCCACCACCAAGCCUGACGCCUCUAGCGAUGAUGUGACGCAGAGCGAUCUGACUGCUGAAUUAACUCGAGAGCUGGAGCGCCUCAAACAGCUUGCCGACGACAGAGAAGAGGCUGCCAAGGAACUCGCCGCUAAGUACGCCCAGCUUCAGUCAUCCCACAGCGACACUCUCGAUGCCGUGGAGCAGCUCAAAACGGAUCUGUCCAAGGCGCGUGCCGUGGAGGGCACCUCUCCGCGUACUGCUAACCCUGUGAUUCGCCGCAAAUCCAGCCAAAAUCUCCUCAUCAUUGACAGAGCUCACCGCUCGUUUGCUUCUUUGCGUAACAUAGCUAGCGAAAACUUUGAAACCCGCCCGGAAGUCAUGCAAAACUUUGAGCUCAAUCUCAACGCCGCCAUGCAUGAACUUCACACUCGCAGCGAGCGCAUCCAGGAGCUCGAAGCUUCUGUCGCGUCAACAAAGAAGGAAAUGGAGACUAAGAUGACCAUCAUCUCUGGCCUGACUCGUGAGCGCACUAGCUUAAAGGCCAGCCCUAUGGAUAUGUCCAUGGUCGCAACCCUGCGACAGAAACUCGAGCAGAAUGAGAAACAGCUGGCUGACAUGGCUGAAGGCCACAAGCAACGCGAACAGUCUCUGAUGUCCGAGUUGGAGCAACUGCGUGUCAAAUUUGGCCAGAACGAGGAGAAGCAUAGAGAUGGCGUUGAGGCGACUGCCGCCGACAAGGACAAGCAGGUCAUCUCUCUGCAAGCCGAGCUUUCCGCCUGGGAGUCGAAGCACACCAUGACUCUAAUUUCUGUGCAAGCCGCCGAGGCCGAGCUCCGCAGCACUAUUCAACGCCUCGAGACCGAGCUCGCCGCAGCAAAUGCCGAUCUCGAAAAGGCUAAGGCUACCUCGACGGCUGAUGUCGAUGCCAUUGCCAGCAACGAACGCAAACACUUGGAUCUCGUCAACUUUCUGCGCAGUGAAAUUGAUGAGUAUAAGAAAAUCAUCCAUAGCAACUCUUCCAAGAUUGCUGAGCUCGAACAGGCACAUGCUGCCACCAAGUCCGACCUGGAGAACAUGUCGACUUCGCACAGCGCUGCGGCAUCCCAGGCGAAACAGCACGAGGAACUCGUCGCCGAGCUGCAAGCCCAAAUUGCCAACUUUGAGGGCACCUCCAAGUCUCACCAGGAGGCUCUCGAUGGGCUGUCGGCGACGCACGCCAAGGAACUUGCCGAGAUAAAGGCGCACGAGCAAAAGGGCUACGAAGAACAGAUGGAGGUUCUUCUGGCUGAGCACCAGGAAUCGGCACGCAAACUCGAAGCCGAGGUAAAUGACGCACGUGAUGACUUGAUGAAGGUGGCUACACAAGUUGCCUCGGCCCUGGGGUUGGAGGUUAGCAUCGAGAAGCUUACUGAGCGCAUCGAUGGGCUGGUCAAUGACCAAAAGCUGCUCCAGGCGGAGCAGAUCAAGUCGGCUGAGAUGCAGAAACACGUCGCCGAGCUCACCUCGAUCAACACAACUGUCAUGCAUGAUCUGGAAGAAGUCAAGGCCAAGCUAGCUGAGCUGCUGACCGAACCUGCCAGCGAGACCGAGACUGCUGCGGCGCCCGCAUCUGUCAAGGACCAGAUUAUUGCCGUCAAGGGUAGGAUGGAUGAACUGGAGUCCAAGAAUAAGAAGCACAGUCGCCUAGUUGAGGAGCUAGAGGAGCAGCUGCAGAACAACUUUGACGAGGCACAGGUGGCGAACAAGCGCCUCAGCACUCUGCAGACGGAGCGCACAGCGCAGCUGGAAGAAAUUAAUGCCGCCAGAGCCAAGCUCCAGGCCGAGCUGGACACGCUCCGCGUCGAGUACAACUCGCUGCAGGUCAAGCUGAGCGAAGCUGACGCGAAUGGCGACGUGCGGCGCUCCAACUCUGGUUCGACAAUCCGCAAGGCUGCUUCGCACAACUCUCUGCCUUCGCCACCCCCUGCUAUUCCCCUACCGCCCCUGCCUGGCUCUGCAGCGUCGUCUGUCACUGGCGCACCUUCAAGCCCGACGAGUGGUCGCCCUCUUAGCAAAGACAACAUGAACAUUUCUCAAAUCACCGAGGACCAGGAAGCGCGCAUCCGCACCAUUGAGAAGCACUUGUACGCGGAGCGGCAGCUGACGCAGACUCUGGAGGAGGCUCUCAGCGAUCUCGAAAAGCAGUCGAAGAAGGUCAAGACGGACUGCGAUGCGUGGAGAAAGCGUGCUUCUGACUUGGAGUCGGAAGUUAAGGAACUCAAAGAUCGGCCGACAGAAUCGGCGCAGGACAACCGAUGGAGCAUGCAGAUUGUGGAAGAGGAGCGCAAGAAACGACAAGCAGCGGAGCAGGCUAGAAGGCAGCUCGAGGAGAGGAUGAAUGCCAUCAAAAAGGGCAAGAAGAAGAAGGGCAGCUUGAACUGCUUCUAG